GUGUGUCGGGCCGGGCCGGACGCGAGCCGCCAUGCCAGAGACAAGUAGUGCCAGCGUGGUGAAGAUCGCCGUGCGGAUGGAUGGCAAGCAGCCGAUCCUGACUGAGGUCGACCUCAGCCAGCCGCUGCAUAAGCACAUCCUGGACCUGGCCAACUCCUGGGGCCUGGCCGAGCCCAAGCAGUACGCGCUCAAGUUCACCGACAGCGAGGAGCGCUACAUCACAGAGAAAAACAAGCUGGAGGUGCGCAAUGGCUGGGUUCUGUUCCUGGACGUGUCGCCAGCGCGCGCCACGGCCACCAUCCUGCAGCAGCUGAAGUCGGAGGAGGCCGCGGAAGGACUGGAGACGCUGUGCCGGCUCAGCCCGGACCCCACGUUCGCGGCCGAGUUUAUCUGCGAGGGUGGCCUCCAGCUGCUGAUCGGUGGCAUUGAGGCUGACCAGUACGGUGACGCGGCGCUGCCCAACGCGCUAACCAGCUUCCUCGAGCUGAUGGAGCACGGCAUCGUGCUCUGGGAGGUGCUGGAGGCGCGCUUUGUGUCGCGCGUGGCCGCCGUGGUAAACCGGCUGGCGGCUGACGGCGCCACGGCGCGCGGCGCGGACCGCACCAGCCGCGUCGGCGAUCGUUCCAGCCAGAUCAACCUGCAAACGCGGCCCAGCCUGCUCAAUGAGCAGCUGAAGAAGGCGCUCCGCGCUGCGCUUUCCAUUCUGGACAGCGUGAUCGCGAACGUGCCGACCCGGCACGAACUGAUCAGCGGGGAGGUGGAGAUGUACCACCUGAUUACGCACCUGCAGCGCGCCGACGCCAUCGUCCAGCAGAACUCGCUGGCGCUCAUCAAUGCGCUGUUCGCUCGUGCUGAUGGCCGCAGAAAAGAGGAGUACACCAUCAGCCUAAACUCCAAGAGCUUUCGCAAUGUCAUCCAGACGUACGUCAUCAACGUGAAGAGCAGUCAAGAUAUGGGCCAGGAGAUCGCCCACCAGCUGUACGUGCUGCAGACGCUCAACCUGAACCUGCUGGAGGGGCGCAUGCGCAGUGCCGUCAACCCGCAGGACCCGGAGGUGCUGGAGAAGAUCAAGCAGUUGCGGAAGCUGGCGCUGGACGAUGAGAGCAAGGGUUCGGCCGGGCGCAAGCCGGGCAGCUUCGCGAAGGACUACCAGCAGCUGGGCUUCCAGGACGGCAUCAACCCGGCGCACGACUUCAGCGAGACGCCGCCGGGCGUGCUGGCGCUCGACUGCAUGCUGUAUCUGGCGCAGUCACACGCCGAGCUGUACACGCGACUGGUGCUGGAGAACUCGUGUGGCUCCGACCACGAGUGCCCGUUCGGCCGCACCAGCAUCCGCUUGACGGCGCUGUUGUGUCGCAUUCUCAAGGUGGGCGAGCCGCCGUCCGACCAGGGCAGCGUCUUCUACCCCAUGUUCUUCUUCCAGGAAAAUCCGUUUGAGGAAUUCUUCUGCAUAUGCAUCAACCUGCUCAACAAGACCUGGAAGGAGAUGCGCGCCACUACUGAGGACUUCGACAAGGUGAUGUCGGUGGUGAAGGAGCAGAUCACGCGUGCGCUGCACGGCCGCCAGAAGCUGGCCGAGGGUGGCGGGGGUAAGCUGGAGGCGCAGACGCGGCCCGACCCGCCCUCCACCCUGGAUGAGUUCCGCACUCGCCUCAACAACCUCACCUACUCCCAGAUCAACACCAUCUGGCAGCAGGAGCAGAACACCAAGGAGGAGUGGGAGAGCCAGGCGCGUCCGAUCGUGGAGUUGCGAGAGCAGGUGACGCCGGACAUGCUGGAGCUGGUGCAGAUGCAGCGGCUGCAGUACCUGGUUGAGGGCACCCGCUUCACCAAAUACACAUCGCGUGGACAGCGCGCCAAGGACAAGUUCUGGGUGGUGCGUUUGUCGCCCAACCACAAGCUGCUGCACUACGGCGACUGCAGCGAGCAGGCGGCGCCGUCGCUGGACGAGCUGGCCAACAAGCUGGCCGUGCAGGAGGUGCGCGCGCUCGUCACCGGCCGCGACUGCCCGCACAUGAAGGACAAGGGCAAGAAGUCGACGUUCCAGUUGGCGUUCUCGCUGCUGCUCGACUCGCCUGAUGGCGGCUCUCUUGACUUCGUCGCACCCGACGAGAAGACGUUCGACUACUGGACGGAUGGCAUCAACGCCCUGCUCGGUAAGCCGAUGACCUCUGAAGAGGCCGGCCGUGAUCUGGACAUGCUGCUGGCCAUGGAGAUCAAGCUGCGCCUGCUGGACACGGACGGACUGGAGAUCCCGCAGCAGCCGCCGCCCAUUCCGCCCGACCCGCCCAACUACGACUUCUGCUGUGACUGACCUGCCGCACGCGGCGAGCAGCGGCGGCCACCGCGCACCCGAGGCCGGGCCCGGCCGGCCAGGGCGCUUACCGCCCGUGCUU